CAAGUGAAGGUGCUUUUGGUGACAGACGUGGCCGCGCGUGGGGUCGACAUCCCUCUACUCGAUAACGUCAUUAACUAUAACUUUCCGCCGAAGCCUAAACUGUUUGUGCAUCGCGUGGGACGGGUGGCCAGAGCUGGUCGCUCCGGUACUGCCUACUCAUUGGUGGCACCCGACGAGACACCAUUCCUCUACGGUUUGAAUCUAUUUCUGAACCGCGGAUUCAAAUUAUCGAAACCAGACUCGAAGUCCACUGAAGACGGACUCUUUGGCGCUGUUCCGCAGCAUAUGAUCGAUGAAGAGAUGGAAGUGUUGGAGAGAAUCCACUCAUUGAACACUGAAUUGGAUUCACUGAAAAAAGUCUGCAAUAAUGCUUACAAACAGUAUCUGAAGUCGAGACCGACGGCUGACAGCGAAUCCAUUCGUAAUGUCAAACAAAUCCUCAGUAAAGACAUCGAAACACAUCCCAUAUUUAAGAAGAAAGUUGACACGACAGCAAAUAAUAACAGUGGCAUUGGAACCGAUAUCUUAAGUUCGAUCCGUAGUUAUCGUCCGAACUCUACGAUCUUCGAGACGGGAAAAACCAAAGGAAGCGUCGGCUUCGAAGUCAUGCAACAGAAGCGCAAAAUCUUUGAUAAAAUGGUGGAAAAAUUUGCGGCCAAUAAGAAGGCAUCAGAUUUCGAUCAAAAUAAAGACAAAUUCAAAGACAACGAGUUCUACGUUCCGUAUCAGUCGAGUGAACACUUCUCCGAGAAGGGCCUCCAAUUGGAUCAGCCCUUCAACGCACAGAUGUCUGCCGCUGUUCUCGACUUCAAUGGAGACGACUCGCGAUCCAUCAACAGAUCAAACAAUGCAAUGAAAUGGGAUCGCAAGAAGAAGAAAUUUAUUUCAGGCGGAAAUACAGAUCCGACAAAGAAAAGGAUUAAAACGGAGAGCGGGAACUGGAUAUCGGCCUCAUACAAGUCGGACAUCUAUAAGAAGUGGAAACAGAAAGCAAAAGCAGAACAACAACAGAGCGAUGAGGAGGAGGAAGGGGUCGACAACGAGGAGAAACUCGAGAGGAAUCAAAGUAUUCAACGAAACCCCAAAAAGCCAACAAAACAAUCGUCGAGAAGACCGCCGAAGAGAGAGCUUAAGAAUAGGGAAGAGAUAUAUAAAGAGAGGCAAAGAGUGGAGCGGAAGAAGUCGUUUCAAAAGUGGAGACAAAGCGAAAAAGCGAAGCAAAAGAAUGCGAAAAAAGCAAAAUAAAUGGAUUAUAAGUUUUAUUUGUCUAAAUUGUUCUCUAUUUUUGACUAGAAAUGUGUUUAAAUUCAAUAAAUUAUUGCAUUUAAUGAAAGAAUA